AUGGAGUUUACCAGGCCUUACUUGCCAAUGGAAUGGGAAGAGCGAUGGAGGAGAGAGAAGGAAAGGCGGAAAAAAGUGAUUGAAGACGGUGGAGAAGGGAUAGAACAGGACAACCGCGAGCUGAGGAGGAUCGUCGCUUACAAUGACUCCAGGAUGGGGCUGACGAGUGUGAGGGAUAAGAAAAGGGGAUCAGAGGUCAAGACGAGAGGUACUAGUCAAGAGGGAAGUGAGGAGGUAUUUGAGGAUAAUGAUGAUAUCCACACAUACCGCAGUGAAACCUAUCCUGAAGAAGUAUUCAUGGCCCUGAAGGAAUUCCGGGAUUCAUUUCUUCUCACAGACCUGACUCUGGCCACUGAUAAUGAAAACAGCUUUCAGGUACACUCCCCUAUCCUGGCUGCUGUCAGCUCCUUCAUCCAAGAGAAAGUGAGGAAUGAAAGUGGAGAACGGUCAGACAAUGAUAAGGAUGCCGAAGUCCGAGGGCGGUUGGUGUCUCUGGGUCCUGAGGUUGAUCACAUUGGGCUUCAGGCAGUUGUGGAGUUUGCCUACACUGGCGUUGUAUCGUCUUUGAACAAAGACAGUAUGGCUCCGAUAAAGGCUGCAGCUCAAGCGCUGGGGGUCCCUAGAAUCCUGGAGCUCUGCAACAAAGAGGGGAGGAUGAAGGAAGGUGGAAGUCUCAAGAAGGAAGAUAAAAACAUCUCUGCUCUGAAACAGAUGCAGAUUACUCUUCAGUCAAUUAAACAGUUGUGGGCAGAGAAAGUGGGAUGUGAUGUGAUUUUGGAUGUGGAUGGGACUUUAUUCCAUGUCCACAGAGUUAUCCUGGCAGCAAGCAGUGAUUACUUCCGUGGCAUGUUCACCUGUGGGAUGAGGGAAUCCCAUCAGACAUGUGUUGCACUUCCGUUCCUGUUAGCUUCUGAGAUAGAGGCUCUGAUUAGCUGCUCCUACACUGGGACCCUUCCACUUAGCUGGGAAUGUGUCUUCGAGAUCACUUGCAUGGCCCUCCAGCUUCAGUUCCAGGCUCCCCUUUCACUUUGCCUCGACUUCAUGCAACAGGAAAUGGAUGCAAGCUCCUGCCUGGAUGUGGCAUCUUUUGCUGAAGCCUAUGGGAUGUCAGAGCUCCUUGAGGAAGCCAAUGACUUUGUACUGAGGAACUUCUGGGACGUGUCAGCCACGGAAAAGUUUCAGGAUCUACCAGCAGAGAAGCUUCUAAACAUCCUCCGCUGUGAUGGUCUCUGUGUGCCCUCAGAACUUGCUGUAUUUCGAGCUGCAAUCUCCUGGGUUGAGGCAAAUCCUGAGGAGAGAUUGAGCCAGGCUGGCUUACUGUUGACUGGAGUCCGCUUUUCCCUCAUGACCUUUCGAGAAUUCAGGGAAGUCAGGGCCAUUAACCUCCGCAUGGAGUGCUCCGGAAACAAGGAGGUGGAACUCUAUAGGUCCGCACUCAAGGAAUUUGGUUUCAGUCUUCCAAAAGCCCAGGAUCAGUGCCGGGUCCGGCAUCCCAAAGAUGCUCUGGUUCUGGUUGGGGGAGACCAACUGAACCCAGAUGUGGGUCAGCGCACACCAAGCAGGGAACUGUGGUUUGCAAACUCCCUACGCAGUGGUACAGGGUUUAUGAAGGAGAUGGAGUGGAGGAGGCUGGGUGAGAUGCCAGACAAGCCAAAGUUCAGGCAUGGAGUAGCAGCAAUGGUGGGAAGGUUGUAUGUGGUUGGAGGGUGUUACUUCUACACCAAGGGUGAUAUGAUGAAAUCCACCUACAGUUAUGACCCUGUGCAGGACAGUUGGAAGAGGUUGGCUGACAUGAGAGAGUUUAGGAGUAACUUCUCAGUGGUGGUACACGAGAAGCAUCUUUAUGCCAUUGGUGGAGAUAAGGAGAUCAACACCAACGUAGACAGCGUUGAGAUGUACAACCCAGAUAAUAACACCUGGAGCUUUGUCCAGCCCCUGGACCAGACUCUGAGUGGCCAUGCUGUCACCGUCAUAGAUGGAGGAAUCUUCAUCUCUGGUGGUUUCAACUGUAAGUACGUGUGUCUUGUUUCCAUGUUCCUGUACCACCCAGAGAGAGGAAGCACCUACCUGGCAGACAUGACCCAUGACCGGGCCCAGCAUUGCAUGGAGCACCUGCGAGGCCAUCUUUAUGUUGCAGGUGGUGUGUGUAACCUGAGGAAGUUUUACACUGACCAACCAGCAUGUGAGGUGUAUGAUCCUGUGGCCAAUUCCUGGACUGCUUUUGCAUCACUGCCUGUGCCCCAUGUGGGUGCAGCAUCAGCUGUCCUUGAAGGGAAGAUCUAUAUAAUGGGAGGAUACUGCCAGGAUGAUUAUAGUGAGUCUGGACUCGUCCACCGGUUCGAUCCCACCACACAGCGAUGGGAGAUCAUGGGCAAACUGCCCGGGGCUGUUACUGACAUCCGGGCGUGUCUGCUCCGACUGCCCCAACAUUUUAGGGUUUAGACUUUAAACUGGCUGGUCAACACGUUUGGAUGUUCAAUGUAAUAUUAGCAUUAUGUGGUUGAGCUAAAGGUCUGUUUUAUUAUCAUAGAUGUGGUAUAAAUUAUUGAAAUUUAAAUGUAAAUGCCAGAUUUUCUUUCUCUAUACUAAAGAGUAAAAUCAAAUAUAUACAAUCCCAUA